UCUCCCACCCCGACCCCUCCACACUUUCUGAACGGCGCUAAAUUUAUGAAGGAGAGCAAAUUCACUUUGACAGCGGUUCGCACAAAACCAAAGUCACAGGCAGGGUGAACCAAAUGAAACUUUAAUGUGAAACAGAAUAAUGUAGGGUUACUGCUUCCUGUGCUAUCUGGACUCUAGCUCGGUCUACAGACAGUGUGUUGUGUUGAACAGACAGUCGGGCCACAUGGACAAACAACAGCAGAUGAAAGAGACCCUCCAGCUGGGCAUAGACAGGUGCAAAGACGAGCUGUACAGCUUGAGUCGGGACAUUUGGAGCCGCCCUGAACUCGCCGGUGACGAGACAUAUGCGCACGACAGGCUGGUCCACUUCUUCUCUCAGGAGGACCAGACAUGGACGGUCCAAAGUCACUACAAGCUGCCGACCGCAUUCAGGGCCAGCUGGGGUCCGGUAGGUGGCAGGGAGGGUGACCCCGUGCUGAACGUGGCGUUCCUGUGCGAGUACGACGCGCUCCCAGGUAUCGGACACGCCUGCGGGCACAACCUGAUAGCGGAGGUGGGAGCUGCGGCCGCUGUGGGGCUGAGAGCUGCCUUAGAAAACCAGACUGAACUACCUGUCCCAGUAAAGAUAACUGUUCUGGGAACUCCUGCAGAGGAGGCUAUAGGAGGAAAGAUCGACCUGAUCAAGGAGGGGGCCUUUGCUGACGUCGACCUCGUCUUCAUGGCUCAUCCGGCUCAGCAGGACGCUCCAUUCCUGCCCUGUGUUGCACUCGAUGAGGUGUCAGUGAAGUACCUCGGGAAGGCAUCCCAUGCUUCUGCGUACCCGUGGGAGGGGGUGAACGCCCUGGAUGCUGCUGUUCUGGCCUACAACAAUAUCUCCGUGCUCAGACAGCAGCUGAAACCAGAGUGGAGGCUUCACGGCAUCAUCAAACAUGGAGGAGUGAAGCCCAACAUUAUCCCCGCCUACACUGAAUUACAGUUUUAUCUGCGCACACCGCUGGUUAAGGAUCUUUGUGACCUCAAGGCCAAAGCAGAGGCUUGCUUUAGGGCAGCCGCUGUGGCCACUGGUUGCCAAGUGGAGAUAACCUACCCAUCCCAUGCCUACUAUAACAUUCUGCCUAAUGCUGCACUGGCAAACCUGUACGAACAUAAUGGAAAAGCUUUGGGGAUUGAGUUUCCAGAGCAGCCAGCCAACUUCUCUGGUUCCACAGACUUUGGCAACGUAUCAUUCAUAGUUCCUGGGAUUCAUCCUUUCUUCUACAUCUGCACCGAUGCGUUUAACCACACUGAGGAAUACACCGACGCAGCAGGAGCUGAAAAGGCCCAGUUGUUCACCCUGAGGAUAGCCAAAACCCUGGCUAUGACAGCUGUGGAUGUCGUGUGCUGCCCUGAUCUGCUCAGGCAAGUGAGAGAGGACUUCAGCCUGGCAAAACAAAAACAGGAGAAAUGACUAGAAGCCAGCGAUGCAACUUUGACAGCUCCAUAAAUACACCAAUUUUAAUGAUAAAUUUAAUAAUAAUAAGAAAAAUAACACGAAUUCCGGACAGACGAAGGUGUCUGAGGUUGUGGAAAGGUUGUGGAAAGCUGUAAAACUAACAACAGAGACCUGAGUAUCUCAAAGACCACCUUAAUGGAGUGAGAGAGACUGGAAUAAGUAACGCUUUCACAUUAAUAUAACAGGCAGCAGCCACAAUUUUUUUUUAAAAGAAGGUAAAGCUAUGGCUUAUAUCCUCGUUGCAAUUUUAGGCCAUUUUCAUCAGUGCUCACGGCACAGUUCAGGGGGUGGCAGUGUCAGUCUGAGAGCUUGUUUAGCUUAUUAAAUAUUUGAACAGCUAUUGGAUGCAUUGAGAUGAUAUUUUGUGCAGAUAUUUGUGGUCCCAAGAGGAUCAAAACUACUGAGUUUGAAGAUCCUCAGUUUUGUUUUCACUUAUCCUGUGAAAUAUUUCAACAUACUGAAUGGAUUGCCACAGAAUUUGGUAGAUUCAUGAUCCCCAGAGGAUAAAUUCUAAUGACUUUUGACACUCUCUUAUUUUUCAUCUAGCGCCAUCAUUAGGUGGCUAUUUACUGAAACUUUCUCAACAACUAUUGGAUAGAUUGUCAUGAAAUUUGGGUUAGACGCUCAUGUUCUCCAGAGGCAGAAAUGUAAUAAGUUUGGUGAUCUCUUAACUUUUACUGUAGCGCUAUCAUCUUUUGUCCAGUAUUUCGGUUUCUAACUAAAUACCGUGAAACUAAUCAGAUUCACAUCAGCUUCAGCUGUAGUUCACAUUUGGUGGGAGUAGCAAAUGUUAGCAUGCUAACACACUAAGCUCAGUUAGCAUUUAGUUAGCUCAAAGCACCACUGUGCCAAAGUGCAAGCAACAGACUCUUUGUCUUGUUUUUAGAUUUUUUGACUUGGAGUGAUUUUAUUGAUGAUGAUAAAGGUGAACCAAUCAGAAGUGGUAUUGCUUUGACUUCUGCAUC